UCCUCUGGCUGGCACCAUGCAGCUUUCUCUUGCCCUGUGUCUUGUCUGCCUGCUGGUGCAUGCAGCCUUCCGUGUGGGGGCCGGCCAGGGGUGGCAGGCCUUCAAGAACGAUGCCACAGAGAUCAUCCCCGAGCUGCGCGAGUACCCCGAGCCUCCGCCGGAGCUGGAGAACAACAAGACCAUGAACCGGGCGGAGAACGGAGGGAGGCCCCCUCAUCAUCCCUUUGAGACCAAAGACGUGUCCGAGUUCAGCUGCCGCGAACUGCACUUCACCCGCUACGUGACGGACGGGCCCUGCCGCAGCGCCAAGCCGGUCACCGAGCUGGUGUGCUCGGGUCAGUGCGGCCCGGCGCGCCUGCUGCCCAACGCCAUCGGCCGCGGCAAGUGGUGGCGCCCGAGCGGGCCCGACUUCCGCUGCAUCCCCGACCGCUACCGCGCGCAGCGGGUGCAGCUGCUGUGCCCCGGGGGCGCGGCGCCGCGCGCGCGCAAAGUGCGCCUGGUGGCCUCCUGCAAGUGCAAGCGCCUCACCCGUUCCCACAACCAGUCCGAGCUCAAGGACUUCGGGCCCGAGGCCACGCGGCCGCAGAAGGGCCGAAAGCCGCGGCCCCGCGCCGGGGGCACCAAAGCCAACCAGGCCGAGCUGGAGAACGCCUAUUAGAGGCCGCCCGCCGCGCCGCGCUCCCCGACCCGCGCCCCGGCCCAGGCGCCCGGGGUUCUGCCCUCUGCGCGCGGUCUGAUUGUUUGUAUCUCAUUGUAAAUGUCUGCAACCCCGGGCAGGGGGGCUGAGACCUUCCGGGCUUCCGCAGGAGGCAGCCAGGCCCUGCGGAUCCCGGGGCGGGGAGGGCCAGAAGAGCCCCCGUCCCCACUACCCCGCGUCCGAGGGGGUCCCGCAGGGCAGGGGAGGGCGCUGAGAGUCACACACACUGAGCCACGCAGCCCCGCCCACCGGGGCCGCCCACCUUUGCUGGUCCCACUUCAGAGGGAGGCAGGAAAGCAAGCCUUUCACCGCCCAGGGGUUCUAAGGGAGCGGUGGGGAAUGAGA